AUGGCUGAAGGCAGAGCACUUCUCAAGAAGGAUGACACUUCCCAGAUAGUGAAUGAAGACAAUAAGGCAAGAGUGAGAGCACAAAUUGGUUCAAGGCCUCCAAAGUGUGAAGGAAUGUGCAGCUCAUGUGGCCCUUGCGAGGCAAUUCAAGUUCCUAACAAUUUUCAAGCCAAACCAGGUAAGAGGAACUCUUCUACAGUUGUAUCCACCAUUGCUUAUGCCAGAGGAAACGAGUACUCGAGCAACUACAAACCCAUGAGCUGGAAAUGCAAAUGUGGCACCAUCAUCUUCAACCCCUGA